CCCUCUCCUGCCAGCGCUGGCUGUGGGGUUGGCGUGAAUCGGCGUGUGGGGGGGGAUUUAGCUCAGCCCUUCCUACACCUCCUUAAAUCCUGUCCUUAGAUUAACCCCUUUGAACAGCACCAACUCGCUCCGAAAAACACAUCAGUUUCCUUUCUGCUCAUUUACUUAUUUAUAAAUGAGAGCGCUGCAGCUUUUGCGAGCAGCCUGCAGGGGACAUGACGCGCUGCGCUGCGACUUGUGCGCCGCCAGGCCUGCUGGAAGUGUCUCCGGGGCAGGGAGGGGAUGGCGCAGGCAGAACGGCAUGAGAAGGGUCCGGUCACACGGGUUCAAAUCCCGGGUGGCGUUUCCACUGCCUGCAAAGCGCUCUGUGUCCUCUGUCAGCCCCGGCUGCUCCAGCCCCCUGUGACUUUUCUAGGGAGGGAGGGGGUUUCUUCCCUGAGGAGCUCUGCCUGUCCCCAUGGGAAGUUUUGAGGGGAGUCAGCCUGAGAUGUGGGGCUGUUCUGAGGAUGCUCCAGGGUCCUGGCAGUGACUGCUGUGCCUCCCCAGCACCCAUGGAGUACGUCAGCACGCGGGGAGGCGUGGGGGCCGUUGAUUUUGAGGGAGCGCUCUUCUCCGGCUACGCACCCGAUGGAGGCCUCUUCAUGCCCCAGCACAUCCCCUCGCUGGACCGGGACACUCUGGGCAGGUGGAGCCGCCUCUCCUACCGGGAGCUGGUGAAGGAGCUGUGCUCCCUCUUCAUCACAGCCGAGCUGGUUCCGAAGAGCACGCUCAAUGACCUUAUUGACAGAGCCUUCAGCAGAUUCAGACACAAGGAAGUUGUCCACCUAUCCAGGCUGAAAGACGGGCUGAAUGUUUUGGAGCUGUGGCACGGAGUUACUUAUGCUUUUAAGGAUCUGUCCUUGUCCUGCACGGGGCAGUUUUUACAGUACUUCUUGGAGAAAAAGCAGAAACAUGUCUUUAUUCUGGUGGGGACUUCAGGGGACACAGGGAGCUCGGCCAUUGAGAGUGUGAGAGGGCAGAAGAACAUAGACAUAUUUGUCCUGCUGCCCAAGGGGCUGUGCACCCAGACACAGGAACUUCAGAUGACCACUGUCAUUGAAGACAACGUCCAUGUCUUUGCUGCUUGUGGGAACAGCGAUGAAAUCGAUGAGCCAAUCAAGGAGCUGUUUGCUGACGUCGAUUUUGCCAGAAAAUACAAUCUGAUGAGCCUGAAUUCAGUCAAUUGGUCCAGGAUUAUGGUGCAGAUUGCUCAUCACUUCUAUGCUUACUUCCAGUGUGCCCCAUCCUUGGAUACCACCCCGCUGCCAGUGGUGGAAAUUGUUGUGCCAACAGGAGGAGGAGGAAAUAUCACAGCUGGCUGCAUUGCCCAGAAAAUGGGUCUCCCAAUUCGACUUGUUUCUGUGGUCAACAGCAAUGACAUCAUUCAUAGGACUGUCCAACAUGGAGAUUUCUCACUGUCAGGGAGCGUGAAGGCUACAUUAGCAUCAGCCAUGGAUAUUCAGGAGCCUUACAAUGUGGAGAGGAUCCUCUGGCUGCUCUCAGGCUCUGACAGCCACCUGACAAAAGAGCUGAUGGAGAGGUUCAGCGUAUCGAAAAGCCUUAAGCUGCCGGGAGAUUUGCACAGAAAGCUUUCCGAGACCCUGCGCUCGUGCUCGGCCUCCGACGAGGACAUCGUGCGAGCCAUGCGGCACUGCUGGGAGGAGAACGGCUACCUGCUGUGCCCCCACUCUGCUGUGGCUGCUCACUACCACUACUCACAGCCAGACAGCACGCCCCGCUGUUGCUUAGCUCCAGCCUCCGCAGCCAAAUUUCAGGAAGCUGUGCUCCGGGCUGGCCUAGUGCCCCAGGUUCCUUCUGAAAUCACUGCCUUAACAGCCAUGGAGACCAGGUGCAUCCCCCUGGAGCGAGGGCAGGACUGGGCACAGGCGCUGCGGGAGCGGGUCGAAGCAGCAGCACGGCGGAAGGGGGUGGCUGGGCAGGGUGGCAAACAGCCCUGAGCUGCUGUGGCACGGAGGGCCAGUGCCUCCCAGGGCUCAGCAUCCACUCCCAGGAGAGACCUGUGUUAUACUGGGAGAGGGUCCUGCACUCUUCAUGCAGUGAAUUAAUAGCAAGAACACGCUUUGUGGUAAUAGAGACUGUUUCCUAACGUUUCCAGUCAAGGGCUUUGCAAUUGUAUCUGCUUUUCCCUAGAAACUCAUUAAAACUGAUUGAAA